AUGACUCGAGAUGUGGUGGAGAAUGUGUUAGUGUUGCGAGAUACUGUAUUUAAAGGCACUAAAUAUAAUUUUAGCUGCAAAGGCAAGAACAAAAAGGACAUGAGGAUUUCCAGGCCGAGACCUAGCCUACACCUGCGCCUACACCGGGAUCCUUCACGUGUGUGCCUGCGCCGGGAUCCUUCACGUGUGUGCCUGCGCCAGGAUCCUUCACGUGUGCGCCUGCGCCAGGAUCCUUCACGUGUGCGCCUGCGCCAGGAUCCUUCACGUGUGCGCCUGCGCCAGGAUCCUUCACGUGUGCGCCUGCACCAGGAACCUUCACGUGUGCGCCUGCACCAGGAUCCUUCACGUGUGCGCCUGCACCAGGAUCCUUCACGUGUGCGCCUGCACCAAGAUCCUUCACGUGUGCGCCUGCACCAGGAUCCUUCACGUGUGCGCCUGCACCAGGAUCCUUCACGUGUGCGCCUGCACCAGGAUCCUUCACGUGUGCGGCUGCACCAGGAUCCUUCACGUGUGCGCCUGCACCAGGAUCCUUCACGUGUGCGCCUGCACCAGGAUCCUUCACGUGUGCGCCUGCACCAGGAUCCUUCACGUGUGCGCCUGCACCAGGAUCCUUCACGUGUGCGCCUGCACCAGGAUCCUUCACGUGUGCGCCUGCACCAGGAUCCUUCACGUGUGCGCCUGCACCAGGAUUCUUCGCGUGUGCGCCUGCACCAGGAUUCUUCGCGUGUGCGCCUGCACCAGGAUCCUUCGCGUGUGCGCCUGCACCAGGAUCCUUCGCGUGUGCGCCUGCACCAGGAUCCUUCGCGUGUGCGCCUGCACCAGGAUCCUUCGCGUGUGCGCCUGCACCAGGAUCCUUCGCGUGUGCGCCUGCUCAUUUCCAGGGAGAUUUCUAGACAACGAUGUACAUCAAUAAUAAAGUUUUAA